AUGGUGAUUAUGAUGAUUAUGUUGAUGAUAAUGGUGAAUGAUGAUGAUGAUGGGGAUAAUAAUGAUAUGGAUGGUACUGAUAAUAAUAAUAAUAAUGAUGAUAAUGAUGGUAAUGAUGGUAGUGACGGUAAGAAAUUAAUUAGAGGGAAAAUUUCGAAAGUCGUCACGGAAUUGGUCCAAUUGUAUUUGUUUAAGUCUCUUUCAAUGAGAAUCCUUUUUCAAUAUAAUAAAUUACAACCUUUCCCCUAUUUAUCAAUAUUUAUUCAAAGUUCAUAG